UCAAAGAGCCCGCCACUUUUCAAAGCCAGCGAACUCAAGUCAAGGUAAGACAUUGUUGUACCUUCUAUUCCAUAUGUGGUGUGGUUGUGUAGAUAUGGUUCGACUUUAUGGAUCAAGAUGCAUAAUCACACACAGAAACAUGUGAACUUUAAUUUGACUUGUGCACGCUGGGACCUGAGAGACGUGUCUUUUCAACUAACACCACACUUGAUACGUUGUCUUCCGUCCAAAGCUUUGACGAGAUGAUCGUUAGUGAUGAAAUGUUGGAGAAUAGAUUUAAUUAAUUAGUUAGAAAAAGGAGAAUUAUGCUCAAGUCCCUAAAAUUUCCUGUCGUAUUAUAUCUGUCAGUAUUUUUAAUAUGAAUUUUUAGUAGUAAUAGUCGUAUGUACAUUUGCUUGGUGUUAAUCUGUAAAGUCUGUUGGUUUGUGGCACGGAUCUAACAUCUUAAUCUGACAUCUCAAUGUUUAACUUGAAAACUGUUUGAUACUAAAAUAAACUCAUUAAGUCUGCCAACUAUUUGGUGCGGAAAACUGAUGUCUUUCCUCUUCCUUCCCCACAAAGAACCGCCAAGGUGAGUCAUGUUUUCCUAAAAUGAAACAGUUGUUUAAAACAGCUCAACUGUAAUCCUGUUACUCUAUUUCCUCUUGUGUUCCUGUUUACCGGGCUUCUAUACAAGUGACCAGUUGAUAUAGGAAAAAAAAAAUAUUGUCUAAAGUAAAAUUAUUUGGUUAGUUAGUUAGUUUCACUUUGAGUUUAUGACUGUCUCGAUCCCAAAGGAAGCGCUGCAGUGAACCAACAGUAGCUUGUGGUCUCCACCCAUCAGUGUGCACAAAGGCUGCUAAACUUAACUACAAAAUGCAGGGGUUUUGUGCUUUACUGUUGCUUCUGCUGAAACGACCGCACGCUGACUUACGUUAUCUGAAUAAGUUAUCGAAAUAAAUUUCAACACUUUGUACACCCUUUAGGCAGUUAGUCAUUUGUGUAAAGUGGAAGCUGUCCAACUAAGUCAGGCUCCAGUGUAAAAGGAGGAUUUAAAGAUGAAAACGGUCUAUUCGAUGUCUUUUCUCUUCCUUUCCCAUGAAGAACCGGCAGAUACUGGUUACUUUAUUUCCUCUUGCGUUCCUUUUUUUACCAAGCUUGCAUACAAGUGACCAGUUGAUAUAGAAAAAUGUAUUUAUUUAUUUAGUUAGUUUUACUUUGAGUUUAUGACUGCCUCACUUGAGACGUGUCUUUGCUCUAUUAAAACUGAUGUCAGUUGUUUUUGUAUUUACAUUUCAUGUGGCUUGAACAUGUCAAUUUAACAUCAACUAACUGUAUUAUUGUAUUGUUAGGUGAACAUGCCUCGCAAAAAGCAAAACAGGGAAAACAAGGACAUCCGUUCCUAUUUCAAUAAAAAUGACAAUCCUGGCAGCAGCAGCUUCUCCACAGCACAGAGUUCACAGUCGGGUGGAGCUUCAGGCUUUCAGCCAGAAGAAGCUACUGGAGCUAAGACCCGCAGUCAAGUGAAGAAGGAGAACGAGUGUGAUUCAGUGGAUGAACAUUCACAUCAUUUCAAAGUGAAAUUCUCUCAUACUGACCCUUAUGAGUACACUGUUUCCUGUAAUCAACCUUGCACAGUGCUGGAGGCCAUAAAAUCCACUGAAAAGUAUAAGAAGACAAAUAUGCCUUCAGAUGAAAACCUUGUAAUUCAGCUGGGUAAAGGGGAUCGUGAUGUUCUUGUUCCAACACAUUUCCCUUGUUCUUGUGUCGGUCCUGAUGAGUUACUGAUCAUAUCACGUGAGUCAGAAAAGGUUGAAGAGGCCCAAACCCAACAUGACAAAACAAUAUUUUCAAGAGACAAAUAUUCUGUCUUUGAUGUUUACACUGUAGGGGGGCUGUACACCAAACAAAAGACACUUUUUAGAAACCAAACUGCUGUCAAACAGUUUAAAUAUGUGCGUCUGUGUGCGAAGAAGGGAAUGACUGUGGAGGAGGCCCUGAAAAGAGAUGGUCGCUUCAUUGAUCUGGGCAACUUUACCCUGUCUGACAAUGACAAUCCAAAUUCCAUCACUGAUCGUACACAGAAAGUUGACAACCUAAAUGAAAAACAAUUCAAGAUUUGUCUUCCACGAAACAAGAAUACAAAUGAAAAAAAGCAGCAGGAAAACUCUCCAUGUGCGUCAAAUACUUCACAACAGAGGCGUGACACAGUGGCAGUGCAUCAGAGAGGAAGGAGUGUCCAAGCAGCACUGAAAGACAGUGACAACACUGAGGAGAUUUAUGAAAUGCUGCGUCAGCAGUUUCCACAUCUGAAAGAAAAGAUGGAGAGCAGAUUUCCCAAUGAUUCUUAUCAGGAAACACUGAACCUGAGGAAGGAAGAGUUUGGAAAGAUCCAACAGUCGUUCAGUGAGGUGCACAGAGUCAGGAAGCUGCUCACACUGGGCGAGUCAGUCUGUAAGGUGGUUGUUCACGAUGUUAGCCAAGGCACUGGUUUUGUGCUGUUUGACAACUUUGUCUUGACUAACGCACACCUAUUCAAAAACUGUGUUGAGGGGGGGCGGCUGAUGGAGGACAUCGAUGUGUCUGUUCUCUUUAACUAUGAAGAUCCUGGGCUGCACACAAAAUAUUUUUACUUCCAGGUAGCACACAUUCACACAUUCAUCCACUACAGUGAGGGUGACCUUGAUUAUGCCAUACUUGAGCUGAAGCGUGAGGGCCAGAAACCCAGUGAAACAACACAAACAAAGAAAAUAAAGAUACCACCAGGUCUCCUGAAGAACUUUGCUCCAAUGCCUAAGAACGGUGAGGCCUGUAUUAUUGGUCAUCCAAAUGGAGAAGUGAAAAAAAUAGAUCCUACAUGUAUCAUUGAGAAAGAGAAGAGGGAACAGGCAGUCGGAGAUCAUUUAAAAAUGUACAAAGAUGAUUUCAUUGUUCACAUAAUCAACAAACUCAAAGACCAAGGCAUUGGCGACAUCAUGUUGGGUGGAAAAAGAGCAGAAAACGUGGGGACCUACAACACUUUCAUGUAUCAUGGCUCCUCAGGCUCCCCAGUGUUUGAUGCUCGUUGCGGAGUUUUUGGUUUGCACACCGCAGGAUUUGUCUGUGACUCUGCAAAGGAUAGUGUGAUAGAGUUCGCCCAACCUCUGCUUCCUAUAUUUAAACACUUUGUAGGUAAGCUGAAGGAAAGCGGUGAUGUGAAUGUGUUGAAGAGAGUUGAGAAAGAAGCAAAGAGUAAUCAGCACCUGAAAAUCAUACUCGAGGCAGCUGACGUUGACGGGUGCUCAGACUCAGAUGAGCCGAUGGACACUGACUGAGUCCUGAGAUUAACAGAACAACAAAAAGUUAUCAAAGUUAAGUCAUCAAAACACACCUGUGUUGCAGCCUCUGCUGCAUGCGCACUGUCACUGACAGUGCGCAUGCGUCAAUACGUGUGCAGCCUGUUACAGACGCUCCCGAUCUUUCUCACUGUUUUCUACUAUUUUAUUAUUUUUUCGCGACUCCUUUUACUUUCUUUUUUACUCUGGACUACACUGUUUUUCUAUCUACCACACACCAGGAAAGUUGUGGGUCUUUUUGGUGUUUUGUUCGUCGCUGAACUACACUUCUCGGAGCGGCGAUGAAACUCCUCGCUGCCCGCAUUGUUUACACUCGGGAUCAGCUGAUGGACCUGAAGCCGGCCACCGCUCCAGGGAAAACACCGAGAGUAAUCCCUGCUGAAUGCUGGAUUAAAACUCA